AUGAAGGAAGCCACUGAAACUGUCUCACUAGACAGUGCCAGCUGGACCCAGACCAAGACUGAGGACAGUAUUUUUUGUUCCGAAGAAGAUAACAGUCUGUAUUUCACAUACAGCGGAAAAUCAAAUGUUCUCGAGGUCAAAGAACUCAACUACCAGGUUAACAUGGACUCCCAGAUUCCCUGGUAUGAAAAACUUAUGCAGAUGAAAAUGCCAUGGAGCUGGAAAUUGGAUCCCAAUUCUCAUGUGUCAAUAAUCCAGAAUCUGAAUUUAAAAGUUCAAAGUGGUCAAAUGCUAGCUAUUAUAGGAAGCACUGCUGGUGGGAAGACAUCCCUGCUCGAUGUGAUAACCUGCCGCGAUCACGGAGGCAAAAUCAAGUCUGGUCAAAUCCUGAUCAAUAACCAACCCAGCACUCCCCAGCUGGUUAGGAAAUGCAUAGCUCAUGUGCGGCAGGAUGACCGACUGCUCCCCCACCUGACUGUCCGAGAAACACUCUUGUUCAUUGCCAAACUGCGUCUCCCAAAGUUCUUCUCAGACUCACAAAGGGAAAAAAGGGUAGAAGAAGUCAUAGCAGAGCUACGCUUGCGACAAUGCGCAAACACGAGGGUGGGCAACGAGUACCUCCGUGGCGUUUCGGGAGGUGAGCGGCGGAGAGUGAGCAUUGGCGUGCAGCUGCUCUGGAACCCGGGAAUACUCAUACUUGAUGAGCCUACAUCUGGACUGGACAGUUUUACUGCGCAUAACCUUGUCAUAACACUAUCCAGACUGGCCAGAGGAAACAGAUUAGUUCUCCUUUCACUUCAUCAGCCCCGGUCAGAUAUCUUUCAACUCUUUGAUUUAGUUCUUCUGAUGACUUCUGGAGUCACUGUCUAUUCUGGAACAGCAAGAGACAUGGUCCAGUAUUUCACAGAACUAGGCUAUCCCUGCCCAAGGUACAGCAAUCCUGCAGAUUUCUAUGUUGAUUUGACCAGUAUUGAUAAGCAGACUGCAGAAAAGGAGAUGGAAAGCAAAAAAAGAGCAAAUACUCUUGCCAAGUUAUUCCUAGAAAAAGUAAAAGGUUUUGAUGAUUUCUUGUGGAAGGAUACUGAAGGAGACAAUGCUGCAACCACAUUCAGCAAGCAAAGGUCCCAUUUAAAUUCAGAAGAGGCUAUCAACAUGCCUCAACAAUCAAGUGAUCAGUUACCAGGAGUCUUAAAGCAGUUCACUAUAUUAUUAAGUCGUCAAGUCUCAAAUGACUUCAGAGAUCUUCCAAUGUUAUUAAUCCACGGAUUUGAGGCCCUUCUCAUGUCAUUAUUAAUUGGAUUUUUGUACUAUGGCCAUGAGAAAAAUGGACUCUCUAUUCGUGACACGACAGCACUGUUGUACAUGCUAGGUGCACUAAUCCCAUUCACAGUGAUCUUGGAUGUUAUUGCCAAAUGUCAUUCGGAAAGAGCUAUGCUUUAUCAUGACUUGGAAGAUGGAAUGUACUCAGUAAGCCCAUAUUUCUUUGCUAAGAUUCUGGGGGAGCUCCCAGAGCACUGUGCUUUUGUUAUCAUUUAUGGAAUACCCAUCUACUGGCUGGCAAACCUCGUUCCUGAACCGGUACAUUUCCUGCUGAACUUCGUCUCGGUGUGGCUGGCUGUGUACACUGCCCGUGCCAUGGCACUUUGGGCAGCAGCACUGCUGCCAACAUUACAGCUCUCAGCCUUCUUUGGCAAUGUCCUUUUCACAUCAUUCUACCUGAGCGGUGGCUUUGUGAUUAGCCUGGAAAAUCUCUGGACAGUUCCAUUUUGGUUUUCUAAAAUCUCUUUUCUAAGAUGGAACUUUCAAAGCAUGAUGCAAGUUCAGUUCAGUGACACCAUAUAUGAAAUAACUGUGGGGAAUACCACGCUUCAAAUACCCGGGAAACUUGUCACUCAGUCUCUGGACUUGGACUCCCACCCUCUCUACGUGAGCUAUCUCAUUCUCACCGGCAUUGCGGGCAGCUUCCUGCUGUUAUACUACUUAUCGCUGCGGUUCAUCAAGCAGAAAUCAAGCCAAGACUGCUAA